CUUCCUCUCCAUCUAUUUUGACUUUUGGUUGUUUCUCUCAUUUUCUCAAAUCGAUCAAAUCUCUGAGACGUGAAAAGCAGAGCAAACAAAGAAAUUACAGGAAGGUACUAGGUAGAAUGAGAGUAUCAUGUUACAGGAUCGUAGUCUUGGCUCUUCUGCUCAUUUUCUCACUUGUUAUUAAUCGAGUUCAGGCGCAGUACUUCGUCCUCAAUUUCCCGGAUGACAUUUUUCUAAGUGACUUUGACAAUAACAGCACCAACGCAUACUCUGACGACGGCGAGUUCGGGCAAACAGAAUCAAUAUCCGAGCAGGAAGUUGAUCCUGGCUCUUGGCGCCCAAUCUUUGAGCUGAACAACUCUUCUACCGUUGACCUUACGUUGACGCCGUACUACUCUGGCCUCCAGAAGAUUAUCUCUGCGGCGAGCGAAGGAAACACCAGGUUGAUGGAGGAAGCAGUUACAGAGCUAGAAGCGUCUGCAUCAGCGGGAGAUCUGCACGCGAAAUCUGUGAUGGGGUUUGUGUAUGGGAUCGGGAUGAUACGAGAGACGAGUGAAGCCAAAUCGUUUCAACAACAUCAGUUAGCGGCAGAGGGAGGGGAUAUGCAAUCAAAGAUGGCACUUGCAUACAGAUAUAUAAGGCUAGAUUUGCAUGAUAAAGCUGCCCGAUUGUAUAGAGAACUAGCAGAGACAACAUUCAAUAGAUUUAUGAUCUCUAAGGACUACACCACGUUUGUACCAAUUAUUAGAAUUCAUAGAGGAACAUAUGAAGAUAAAAAUAUGCUAAGGAAAUUCCACGGGGAAGAUAGUGAAGAUUUCAAGAUAGUAGAACACUAUGCACAGAUUGGUUACCCUUCAUCAAUGUACAGAGUUGGUUUAUUUUACUACUUUGGUAUGAGAGGACUAAGACGUGAUCACGCCAAGGGAGUUUACUGGUUUUCAAAGGCAGCAGAAAAGGGAGAGCUGAAUUCAAUGGGAAUCAUGGGUGAUAUAUAUUCCCGAGGAGCUGGUGUUGAGAGAAAUUAUACCAAAGCGUUACAAUGUCUCACACUUGCUGCAGAACAAGGUCUCUAUUCAGCAUUUAACGGCCUCGGGUACUUGUAUCUCAAAGGCUAUGGAGUAGCUAAAAACUAUACUAAGGCAAGAGAAUAUUUUGAGAAGGCUGCUGAUAGUGAAGACCUAAGUGGGAUGUAUUACCUUGGAAUGUUGUAUCUUAAAGGCAUUGGAGUCAAAAGAGAUGUAAAGCAGGCAACCAAAUACUUCCUUGUGGCUGCAAAUGCUGAACUACCAAAGGCUAUUUAUCAAAUGGCCAAAAUGUUACAUGUUUCCGCCAGGAUCAAGAAUAACCUAAACAUGCUGAAAUUGGCUGCAGCUCUUUACAAGUCAGUAGCGGAAAGAGGACCAUGGAGUUCUCUAUCUAGAUGGGCUCUUGAAUCUUACGUUAAAGGUGAUUUGGGAAAGGCUUUUAUAUUGUACUCAAGAAUGGCAGAGCUUGGUUACGAAGUAGCACAAAGUAACGCUGCAUGGAUCCUCCAUAAAUACGGUGAAAAGAGCAUGUGUAUGGGAGUUUCUGGAUUUUGCAUGGAUAAAGAGAGGCAUGAGCGGGCUCAUGAUUUGUGGUUGCGUGCCUCUAAACAAGGAAACGACUAUGCUGCUUUGCUUGUGGGAGAUGCAUAUUACUAUGGCCGGGGUAAGGAGAGGGAUUUUGUACGUGCAACAGAGGCAUACAUGUAUGCAACAUCUCUAUCAAAUGCACAAGCUAUGUUCAACCUCGGUUACAUGCAUGAAUAUGGACAAGGGAUUCCCUAUGAUCUCAAUCUUGCUAAAAGUUACUACAAUCAAGCCCUCGAGAAUGAACCUGUCUCCAAAUUGCCUAAUAUGUCUAUCAUGCUUGCUUUUGUGAGGUUGUGGGUUCACAGAAACUAUGUUGAUAUUUCCAUCAUGGUGACUCUUCUUCUAGCCUCUAUUAUAAUUGUUCUACAUCUCCGUGAGAGACGGCGACACCUCAGAGUUCUUAUCGGAUCACAUCGGUCCUGACGUUGCACAACCUCUCGUCGUUGCGUCUACUGCUUUCACCAACGAAUCCUGAUUUGUUUAUAUAUGUACAGGUUGAUUAAUACUAGUUGUAUAGUUGUGACACUGUACAGGUUGAUUCCUAUUUGUUUUAUAUGUAUAUAAUUAAAUUGAUUUGUACUUUCUCUUUAACUCACUUUGAUUAUUGAUAAAAUUAUGUUUACUCGAA